AUGUUACCAAAUAUUGCCAUUCACCAAUUAAUAAAUCAAAAUGUAAAUGAAUGGUUUACAUGUGCUGAUAUUAAUAGUAAACACGAGAUUGUCUGUGGAACAGAUCAAGGUAUUAUUUAUCAAACGCAAUCAUCAACGAACGAAAACAGUUCAAAUUAUAAACAGCUGAUAGGUCAUACAAAACUCAUUUCGGACCUAUGCUAUUAUGAUCCUAAUGGUUGCUACAUUCUUUCGUGUUCAGCUGAUGCCGAUAUUCGUUUAUGGCGUUCAUUUUCUUCCAAUGCUAUAACAAUCUAUCGUUCUCAUCUAUCACCUGUAUGGUGUGUAUCUGCACAUUUCAAGUCUGAUCGUUUUGCAUCUGGUUCAAUGGAUCAAACAGUUCGCCUUUGGACACCGGAUCGAUUAGAUAUUCUUCGCACAUUUAUCUAUCAUACUGAUGAUAUAAAUUCAAUAGCAUUUCAUCCAAAUGGAAAAUAUUUAGCUUCAGGCUCGAAUGACGGUUUAAUUAUUUUAUGGGCUCUUGAACAAGCGCAGCCAGCGCGAAUUUUCAAAUCUUCAUCGAAUGUUGAACAUUUAACAUUUACAUCGGAUGGUAAUCAUCUUGUUUCAAUAAGUCAUAAUCAUGAACAGAAGUCAGAUAGUAUUAGUACGUGGGACAUACGUUCAGUCAAUGAAAUAUAUGUUGUUCAAAAUAUUCCUAGCCAUCGUCGUCUACUGAAAUCAUGUCAAAUACAAAAUACGAAUAAUUGUGUGACCGGUUUUAAUAAAUCGCUUUUAUUUUUUGAUAUAAAUAAUCAACAAGAAGCAAACGCUUUAUUUCGUUCGGAAUUUUCUAAUGCGGAUAUUAAACGUUUAAUCCAUAUUUCUUCCAAUGAAUCAAAUAAACUAAUAGGAAUAAUUGAAUAA